UUUCCUCCGAGCUGUUAUCAGGAGGAGUUCUGCAGCUUGCUCUCUUCUGGACUUUCUCAGCUCACACAACUUCACAAACCUAGGAAAGUUCUAGGGCAACACUCAGGAGCCUGAAUCAAAUAUCUGGGUUUCUAUUGUUCUGAAGAGUUUUACGAUGUUUGCUCCUAAAUGGCGUCGAAGUUUUAUUUCAAUGAUUGUGUGAAGAAAAGAUAUCUGAUUAGAAAAUCCCAAGAAGUAUAUUAAUAUUUGGCGUUGUCAGGAUUGUUCAACGAGGUUUAUUAAAGUACCACUCUUCCUCAAAGAGAUUGUUGUAUGCAUGUUAGAGACUGUGGGACGUCUGUAACUGAAGAGAUGACUGAUGGAUUGCCGACACUGGAUAUCUUAAACAAUGCUUAAAGGAGAACAGAUAUUUUACUUUUGAAAACCAGCUUUUGAAAACCAGAGAAAAUGAUGUUUGGCUGGAGUGGUCAGUUGUACCCAGCUCUUGUUUUGGUAAUGCUAUCACUGAAGGGUCUCAGCUUUUCUUUCAUCAAAAUCAAUAAAGGACUAAAAGUUAUGAAGGGACAAAAUACCUUCCUGUCUGAGAAAGACCUGCAGUUUUCCAUCCCAGAGGGGAAAGACUCCUGCAAAGUGGAAGUAGUUCUUAAUGAACCAAUAACACAAAGAGUCGGGCAGUUGUCACCACAGGUAUUUGAUUGCCAUUUUCUGUCGAAUGAGGUUCAGUACAAUCACAAUGGCUGCCCCAUUUUAGAUGAAGAUGAAGUCAUGCUCAGACUUUACAGAUUUACAGAAAAUCAAACAUUCACAGAAACAUUUAUACUAAGGAUAAAGUUAGUGGAACCUGAUUGCAAUAUCAUAAAACUGGGUCCAAAGCAGCUGGAGGUGUCUGAGUUUUAUGGCUUAUCAAAUGUAAUCAAUAUGAAUGUACUAAGCUUUGACUAUAAUAAGAAGAUGAACCUUGCCUGCACUAUCAGAGUGGCUCCCUCAGAAUCUCACCUACCAGCUCAUGGCCAACUUGUCACUGGAGAAUCAAAGAAAGAACAACCUCGUGGAGAUGAGCCAGACAGCUUCUUCCAUGGAUCAAAUCAAAAAACAAGCCCUCUGUGCAGGAGAGGAGAAUGUAUAUUGGGCCUAAAUAAAAUUGAGAAGGUGUUAAAAACUAGCUGUGACGAAUUCCUUCUAAUGGGGAUCAGAUAUCAGCAUCUUGAUCCUCCAUCUCCAAAAAUUGAUUACAUUAGCAUCAAACUGGAUUUAACUGAUACCCGUAGUAAAACCUUGUAUAAGUCUGAACGUGCAUGGAUUCCUGUCCACAUUCAUGAUGCUGUUCCCAAUCAAAUCCCCAAAGCUGCCUUCAUGUCAAUGUUCAUUUUAGAAGUGGAUCAGUUCAUUCUGACUCCAAUAACAACGGCAGCGGUAGAUGCAGAGGACAGUGAAACAGCCAAACCUCUGCUGGUUUUCAACAUAACGAACCCUCCGGCUCAAGGUUUUAUUACACACCUGUCAGAUCACACCAAGCCUAUUACAUCUUUCACUUGGAGAGAUCUCAAUGACAUGCAAAUAGCUUAUCAGCCUCCAAACAGCAGCCACACAGAGAGAAAAAAUUUGGAGGUGGAGUUUGAAGUUCACGAUUUCUUUUUUGAGAGAAGCUCCCCUAUAACAGUCCAUAUAUCUAUCAGGACCGCUGAUACAAAUGCCCCAAGGGUGUCCUGGAAUAUGGGUCUUGAUCUUUUAGAAGGUCAGUCUCGACCUAUCACAUGGGAGCAGUUUCAAGUAGUAGAUAACGAUGACCUAGGUGCAGUCCGUUUGGUGAUUGUGGGUGGUUUACUACAUGGACAUAUAACUUUAAGAGGAGGCAAAGGAUUCAUGUUCACAGUUAAAGACAUACAAGCUGGAGAUGUAUGCUACCAUCAUGAUGACAGUGAUACUGCUAAAGAUUUUGUUGUCUUUAGAAUAUUUGAUGGGCGACACAGCACCAGGCACAAGUUCCCUAUUAACAUCCUUCCCAAAGAUGACAGUCCUCCUUUCCUUAUUGCAAACAUUGCCAUUGAACUUUUAGAAGGACAGAUGGUUUUAAUCCAAAGAUCAGUGCUCUGUGCUUCUGACAUGGACUCCAGUGAUGACUAUGUACGUUUUAACAUUACCAAGCCAUCCAUUGCUGGGGAGAUCAUGAAGAAACCAGGACAAAACCUCCUAGCAUAUCCUGUUACCAGUUUCCUUCAGAGGGACCUGUUCAAUGGCAUUAUUUUUUAUCAUCAUCUCGGAGGAGAAGUGUUUGAAGACUCAUUUGAAUUUGUACUGUCAGAUAGUCAUGAUCCACCUAACCUAUCUGAACCUCAGGCUGUAAUUAUACACAUCACCCCUGUAGAUGACCAGCUUCCAAAAGAAUCUCCAGGAACAGUGCGUCAUCUGAUUGUUAAAGAAACUGAGGUUUCUUAUAUCACCAAGAAACAGCUGCAUUUCAUUGACACUGAAUCUCCAGAAAGAGAAUUAAUCUACACCAUCACUACCCCACCUUGUCGAGCACCACCUUAUAGCAACUUCGACUCGGGGAAAAUUGUUUUAGUUGGCAAUGUGUCCAAGAUGCAGAAGGAUUACACUGCUGAAAUGGCAAAAACAUUUACCCAGCAUGCUGUGAGCCAUAUGAAAGUUGUAUAUAUCCCCCCAGUGGAAGAGAUAGGCCCAGACCCUCUACAUGUCCAGUUUAUUUUGUCUGUCAGUAACCAACAUGGUGGCACGUUACACGGCAUUUGUUUUAAUAUUACUGUCCUUCCAGUGGACAACAGUCCACCACAGGUUUUUAUACAUGAUUUGAAGGUUGAUGAAGGGGGCAGUAUUCCUAUUACAUCAGACAAUAUCCACAUCACUGACAAAGACACAAAACAAGAUCAGCUUCAGAUCCUCCUCCACAGAGUUCCAUUGGAAGGUGUAGUUCAGCUGGAUGGAUCUACAAUGAAUGAAGGCGAUCGAUUUUCUUGCCUGGACCUAAGCAUUUUAAAAGUUAGGUACCAGCAUGGUGGCUCUGAGACACUGCACGAUAAAAUAUUAUUUAUAGCCACAGAUGGUAUCAGCGCAACUGAAUUUAUCCUAAAAAUACAGGUUUCCCCAGUCAAUGACGAACCCCCAAUUAUAAAGGAAAAUCUUCUGCCUGUUGUAAUGUGUCCAGAAGGUGAAAAUGUGGUCAUCUCAGCAGAAUACAUCUAUGCUACAGAUGCAGACAGUGAUGAGUUAAAGCUGAUUUUCAUGAUUGCUCGGCAACCCCUUUAUGGCAUUGUUCAGAAGAAUGGAGCUAUUGUAGAUCGCUUCUCACAGAGUGAUGUCCUUGCGGGAUCAGUGGUCUAUAAGCAUACUGGUGGAGAAGUUGGUCUGACGCCAUGUUAUGACAUUGUAACACUUGUUGUCUCUGAUGCUGAGACAGAGGAUUGCUGUUAUAAUGGACCCCAUCUACCUGUGCUGCCAAAUCAUGACUUGUUUCCUGUUUAUGAUCUCAAUAUCACUGUAUUCCCAGUGGAUAAUCAGCCACCAUCUCUUACAAUAGGUGAAAUAUUUGUAGUAGAUGAAGGAAAGUCGGCAGCCAUUACGAUCAACCACUUAGGUGCAACUGACCCAGACACUGAUAUUGCUGCUAUCAAAUUCAUUUUAGCUUCUCCCCCUCGAUAUGGCUACAUUGAAAACAUUCUCCCAUCUCCAGGAUUUGAGAAAAGUAACAUGGGCAUUAGUAUUGAUUCGUUUCUUCUCAGUGACAUAAUGUCCCUUAAUAUAAACUAUGUGCAGUCUCGACAUCACAGAAUUGAACCAACUACCGAUCAGUUUACACUUUUUGUCACGGACGGCAAUCAUCGCUCUGCAGACAAACCAUUUUAUAUUGUAAUCAACCCAACGAAUGAUGAAGUACCUGAAUUUUUGGCCAGAAAUAUAACAGUUGUAGAAGGACAAAUGAGACAGCUUGAUGCAACCAUAAUAAACGUGUCGGACAUGGAUAUGCCUCAAAAUCAUUUAGCAUUUAGUGUUAUAGAGUACCCUCAUCAUGGAAUGAUUGUUGGAGAAGGCUUACAGCACAAGGAUUAUAUGAGUUUCAGUCAGCCACUUAGAGGAUAUCAGAAUAACCUUCCCAUGGUACACGAUUUCUCAAUGAAUCUCCUGAAGAAUGGCAUGAAGCUUAUAUACAUGCACGAUGACUCUGAAAGCCUUGUUGACAGUUUCACGAUUCAGUUGUCUGAUGGAAAACAUGAAAUCAAGAGAACUAUUUUUGUGAAUAUUGUAGGAGUCAAUGAUGAAAAGCCAACAUUAACAAAACAGUGUGAAGCAGUGUUGGGGAUGGGAGAGUAUUUUAUAAUUUCAAGUGCUGUACUCUCAGCAGAAGAUAAAGACACCCCUAGAAACCAUGUUCAUUACAUCAUAGACAGAACACCCAAAGAAGGGCAGCUUCAGAUGAAGGUACAUCAGGACUGGGUGAUCAUACAGACAGGGAUGAAAUGCACACAGGAAGAUAUCGAUAUGAACCAUGUUAGAUAUGUACACACCGGAAUAGUUGGCUCCAAUAAGCAAGACAACUUUACUUUCCACUUGUGGGAUGGUAAUAACAGGUCACCAGAACUAAGCUUUCAUAUUACAAUCAAAGAUAUGGAAAAGGGAGACAUUGCUAUUUAUGUGAAAACCCUUAACAUUUUCAAAGGAGACAGAGCCGUCAUUAGUACGAAUGUCCUUCUGGCUACAGAUGGUACUGACAAACCGGAGGAACUGCUGUAUGUUUUGUCCUCUCCACCUCAAUAUGGCCAGAUUGAAUAUGUCAACCACCCUGGAAUUCCUAUAACAAGUUUCAGUCAGCUGGAUGUGGCUGCGCAGACUGUCUGCUACGUUCACAAUAGCAAGGCGUUAGCAGCUGCUGACAACAUCAAAUUCCUUGUCAACAAUGGACUGCGAACAAAGAAUGGGAUCCUGAACAUAGCUGUGGAAGCAGUAGACCGAGAACUACCCACUUUAACCAGGAACUGGGGUCUAAGACAAACAAAAGGAUCUAUGGCUUCUAUCACUUCCAGCAUUCUCCAGGCUACAGACCCAGAUACAAUACCACAGAAUAUCACAUAUCAUCUGGUGGAAUGUCCUCAGUAUGGUCAAAUCUACCGGAAAAGCCUACCACUGCAUGAGACCUACUUCACACAGAGUGAUAUCGACAAUAAUGAGAUUGCCUUCAAACAUGGAGGACAAGAUGCCCAGAUAGACAGGUUUACCUUUGUUAUUACAGAUAAAGCUAAUCAAGGAUUUAUUGUUGAUGGCAAGGUGCAGUCUGAGCCAGUGCCCUUUAUAAUACAGGUGGACCCUUUGGACAGCACACCUCCCAGAAUUCUUCACCUCCGCUGUGUUUCUAAUGUUGAACUCCUGGGGAAUGGUCAGUAUGGAAUCUAUAUAACAUCUAGAGACUUGAAAGCAUUGGAUGCAGACACGCCAGAUGAUAAAAUUAUCUUUCGAAUUUUGAGUGGGCCUCAUUAUAGCUACUUGGAAAAUGCCACAACAGGCAACGUUAUACAUGAACGGUUCUCUCAGAAGGAUUUGAACAUGAAAACAAUAUUAUAUGUGAUAAAUCCAUUACUAGACAUUUAUUAUGACACACUGGAAUUUGAUGUCACAGAUUCUGCUGAAAACUGGGCAACACCUGAAACCUUGGAAAUAAAAUGGUCUCAUAUUGAAUUGCCCCAGGCCAUGUAUGAGGUGUGUGAAACAGAGGCAGUGGUGGGUUUGAAGAUCACACGGAAAGGUUACUCUGGAGACUCUGCUUUUAUAUCACUCAAGGUAAAUGAAAUAAGUGCUGUGAAUUGGAAAGACUUUUCUACACUUCCUUCUAAACUCAUACAAUUUGACCCAGGAGUGUCAACCAAGACGUGGAAUGUAGCAAUUACCCAGGAUGGUUUAGAAGAAGAUGAUGAGAUCUUUGAAGUGGUUCUGAAUUCUCCCGUGAAUGCUGUUCUUGGCACUAAGACAAAAGCCAUAGUGAAAAUUGUGGACCCCAGAGGAGAAUCAUGCAAGCCAAAGUUACAUAGAACUGGAUCCAGGAAUUGUACUUUACUGCCAUCAGUCAAACUAUGCAAUACUGUGUCAGAAACACCUGUGCUACCAUACCUGAAGGAAACAGCAGUACUAAGGGGAGAUUCCCCAGAAGAUCUCCGUUCAACUCAUCAUCCAAAAAGAAAGCUCCGGCUCAGUGAAAACAAAAAAACUGUAAAACCUUCAUCAGUCUCCAGGGAAGGUACUGACAUUGUUUAUAAAUACCAUGGGAUUAUGUCACUCAGAGUAGAAGAAGAUGGUGAAUCACUUAAUACAAGCAGGACAGCCAAAGUACAAGUGAGAAACCAUGGACAAAAGAAAAUAAUUCCUGUAAGAAAUGUGGAGAGUUUGCAGUCAGACAGAGCCAUAUUUACCUCUGGAACUAAUUUGGAAAAUCAGGAUAACAUGAUGGCGUUUCCUAAGAAAUGCACACCAGAACUGAAAGGAUUGUUGCAUUUCCAUGCCAUGGCACAGAAGCUCUUCCAGUGUGAUGGUAUAUCAUGGAAUGCUUGGGAGAGCACAACUAAGGCUUCAAAAUGCCCAUUUGGCUGGACCCCCUAUGAUACGAGAUGCUAUAAACUGAUCACGGAGCAGAAGAAAACAUGGAUUAAAGCAGCAAGAGCAUGCAGAGAGCAGCACCAUGCAACUCUUGUAGAUGUGUUCAGUAAAGAGCAGAUGGUUUGGCUGUGGAAUCUCAGUGGCAAAAAGUCAUUCUGGAUAGGGCUGAAUGACCGUUUACAUAGUGGCAGAUGGGAAUGGAGCAGAGGAGAGAAUGUCACAUUUACCAACUGGAAAAGGGGCAUUCCUAAGAUGUCAAAGAAAGGGAAAAGCAAGUGUGCUCUAGUACAGAAUAGAGGAAAAUGGCAGGCAAAAGACUGCACAAAGGGCAAAGGUCACCAUUAUAUGUGCUCAAGAAGGUUGUAAUAUAUUAUAUCAUAUCUAUAAGCUAUGUACAUUUUGUAUGAAUAUUUAUUUUUACGCUGAUUAAAAAGGUGAUUGAUGAUUUACUUUAACAAAACUAUAUAAACUUUCUAGAUUCUACUUUUACAAAAGCAGAAAUGUUACAUCUAUUAGGGCUUCCUCACUUUUUCAUUAUAUUAUUUUUCAUUAUAUAUUAACACACACA